AUGAAGUGUCUAAUUGUGUUACUAUCGGUGACAGUGGGCUGUGUUCUGGGACAGGGGGGCCUUGAGGAUGGACAGUAUCACCCGGAGAUAAUCAACACUAAAUAUGACGAUGGACAGUAUCAUAGUGGCACAUAUCGCAGCGGCCAAAGCACCGGUGGUGCUCAAACAAUCUCAGUUCAGUCGAGCAGUUCCUCAAGCGGCUCUGGUGGUGCUGCGCAAUUUAAUUCUGCCUCCCAAUUUAGUUCUGCCGGACAAUCUGGUGCCGGAGCACAAUUUGAUUCAGCAUCUCAAAGUGGAUCAGCAUUCCAAAGCAGUUCUGGUUCCCUGAGCGGUUCAGGUUCCCAGGGUGGCUCGGUUUUCCAGAGUAGCUCUGCUAUCAAAAGUAGCUCGGGUUCCCAGAGUGGUUCUGCUUCGCAAAGCAGUUCAUCUUCUCAAGGUGGCUCUGCUUCUCGAAGCGGUUCUGGUUCCCAAUCGGAUGCACAGGCCGUCGUCAAAGAAGACAUUCGUACCAUCAACGAGAAUGGCUACAGCUACAAACUUUCGAUCGACAAUGGUAUUGAACUGUCGGAAUCCGGCCAGAUCGACCAUUCUGCUGCCAAUGCACCGUUGCGUGCCAAGGGAUACUAUCAGUUCCUUGCUCCCGAUGGAGUCCUAUAUCGCGUAGAUUACGUUGCUGACGAAAACGGAUUCCAGCCCACAGGUGAUCAUCUGCCGACACCACCCCCGAUACCGGAAGAAAUUCAGAAAGCACUGUCCGGUCUUCUUAAGCCAGGCCGAAAAUAG